CUUGAGCCCGCCCCCUUUUAGAAGCUGUCGAGUCAGCUGGUCUGUCGUCAAAUGUCCACAAGAAGUUUGGAGGCAGUAUUAUCGACAAGCUGGCGGUCUAAAGAAAUGGGUUAACCGGGCUCUACGCCUCCACGACAAGCGGAGACUUUAAACGAAGCAGUCGUCGGCCAGCCUCAUGACGGGUGCCCGGGCGCGCUAGCUAGCUGCCUGGCUAUACGUUAGCUAUUUGUUUGCCGUGCCGAGGAGAGUCAUCAUGGCUGCGAUGGAGCUCAGUGUCAGGCAGCACCUCCAUCACCCGCCCGCCGCGAAGCAGGAGCAGGACGAUGACUCGGACGCGGAGGAGACGAGCCUGGGCCUGCGGAGGACCGAGCACCGGCUGCAGUCGCAGAUCAUCCACAGCGGCCACUUCAUGGUGUCGGCGCCGCACAGCGAGCACCCGCCAAAGAAAGGCUACGACUUCGACACCGUCAACACGCAGGCCUGCCAGACGUACCACUUUGGCAAGGCCAGCACCUCCCACAUCUCCAUUGACGCGUCCCUCACCAAGCUGUUCGAGUGCAUGACACUGGCGUACAGUGGUGAGCUGGUGUCUCCCAAAUGGAAAAACUUCAAGGGUCUGAAGCUGCUUUGGCGAGACAAGAUCCGUCUCAACAACGCCAUCUGGAGGGCCUGGUACAUGCAGUAUGUGGUGAGAAGAAAGAAUCCAGUCUGCCACUUUGUGACUCCUCUCCAUGGAAAUAUAGACUUGGAGCAUCGCACUACAGAGAUGAUCACCACCGAGGGCAAAUGCUGGAGGAGAAGAAUAGAAGUUGUCAUCAGAGAGUAUCACAAGUGGAGGACGUACUUCAAGAAAAGAGUUGAGAUUUCAUUAAAUUUGCAGAAGCACAAGGAUGAUGACCUGUCAAGUUUGCUCAAGGGGCCCAAGGAGCAGUUAUCGUUGUUUGGGGAAAUCCCUCCAGCCAUGCAUCGUGUCUCCUUUGAUCAGGAUGAAGAGAGCGAAUUGCCAGUCCCCACAGACCUGGAGAGCCUCUUUGACAUGGAGGUUUUGAUUUCGGGGUUCUCAGACACGUUAUUCACCACCUUCCACCAGUCCACGACCUGGCCCAGCCCCAAGGAGCUAACGUAUGUAUUGAAUGCAGACAUGAUCCAACCGAGACUCAACCCCUUGCAGCCCAACCUCGACUUUAUGGACUCUUCUGACCCUCUCCAAGACUUAUUUCACAGCUACCGUCCGCCCGUCUUCCCCCUUGUUUCCCCCACUGCACCAUCAGUUCCCCCUAUGCCCAGCAGCAGCUCUCAGUCGCAGCAGGACCAGUUAAUGUUUCCCAUAAGCCACAUGGCCAUCCCCUCACCUGUGACCUCUCAGACUAGUGGAGCCAGUGAUGGCAGUGAUAGCGCCAUUGUGGAAAACUACCUGCCUCACUAUCACGGCCAAGUGGCGCUGGGCAACCACGAAGACGUCUCCACCCACAAUGCCAUGGUGUCUCCGUGCCUUCCCAUUCAGGACUUGGUGGCACAACCUCGGCCCCCCGCCCCCCUGGAUUCUUUGGAUGAGACCUUAUCGCCCUCUAUCAUCACACACCCCUCCGCAGCCGCCGCCCGCUCUGCGUGCACACCAGCUCCACCUGCUCAGUCCAGGCUGCCGCCCUUGAAUCAGCUUUCCACCUCCGCCGUGUUUCCCCCGCAGUUCGCCGUCCCUGUUAGCCUGCAGCGGGCCAGCACCAGCAAAAAACAGAAUUUGAAGAAGAUAAGCCCAGCCCAUCCAGUCAAGCCCUCGCCGCUGUACUUCACAGCUGUAAAAAUGGAUGCGAUACCACCUCCAGCGGUGAUGUUCACGACUUAUGGAUUCCCUGUCCUACCUCAAACUCAGAAGUGUUCUCAGUGCAUCGCCCCCUCAAACACCCUAAAGCAGGAAUCGCCCCCCCGUGUCGUUCAGGAUCAGCCAGGAUUGUCAUGUCAAGAUUUACCUUGUUCUUUUGAUCCGGAUCCCAGUCAGCAGUCUCCAAUCAGUAGCGGUACACCUCAGCAGAGCCAAAGCAGAUCACACCAAGCACAGCAGAAGAGACGUUUAAUUAUGAACAGCCGCUACAAAACGCUCCGCUGCCUGGUUCCCACCCUCAACUUCAGGUGUCCUAGUAAUGCGGACACGAUACAAAAGACAGUGCAAUACAUUAAGAAGCUCAAGCAGGAGAGGGAGGAAAUGGAGAAGGAAAUUAGAACACUCCAGGAAGAGAUUGCGCAUCUCAACGCCUCCAUCAGUCUUUGUGACGACCAACUGCCAGAGACCGGAGCACUGGUUACGCAGGGAUACAUGCAGUACGACUUAAAUGAGUACAUCAAGCAGCGCACUCAGCAGAACUGGAAGUUCUGGAUUUUCAGCGCCAUCGUCAAGCCGCUCUUCGAGUCCUUCAACAAGAUGGUGUCCACCACCAGCCUAGCUGAGCUUCGCAGGACCACGCUGGAGUGGCUCGAGCGCCACUGCUCCCUCAUGGCGCUCAGACCAAUGGUCCGCAGCACCCUCUGCCACCUGAGCACCAGCACGUCCAUCCUGAGCGACCCCUCCCUCUUGCCCGAAGAAGCCAUCGAGGCCAUAACGUGCGCAAACGUCAGGCCUCCCUCUCAGGCCAGGUGAUGAAGCUCUUCAUCAUCAUCAUCAUCAUGGACGACUUGCCACGUCUUCCUCAUGCUCACAGGAGGCCUUAUUUUUUUUAUCACAAGUUGAUUAUUUGUUGGUAUUGAGCCGUGUAUUAGCGUGAGCGCACCACGUUUUGCCUCGUGUGCUGCGGACAGUGAACAAUAUUUCAGUGACGACCGCAGAAUGCGAACAACAAGCAGCAAAUUGUUCAAAAAACAAAAAGAAAUGCAGACGUUCUGGAGUUUUGUACAAGUAAAUUGUUGUUUUGAAUGUUUUUUCUUCUGUCCUUCACAUUGGGCUUGCUCAGCGUUUUUUCUGGUGAGCGACUUGAACUACAGCCCCUCAUAGGGAGCAGUGAAAUUACAGCAAUACAAAUUCUAUACACGGAGGCAGAACAUUACCAUGACGUUUUGGCAUUGUGUACACAUAAAACAAAAAAACGUUGUACGCGAAUAGUUUUUAGAUUGUGUUUUUCAAUGUCAGUCUUCUGAUUUGUUCCUUUUUUUCCCAUUUUGGCACGUGAGGGGGCUUUAAACAGACUAGUUUCUAUCCUUGGCAGCAUGGUGGUACAGUGGUUAGUGCGUGUACCUCACAAUACGAAUGUCCUGGGGUUCGAUCUUUCUGUGUGCAUGUUCUCCCCGUGACCGCGUGGGUUCCGUCCGGGUACUCCGGCUUCCUCCCACCUCCAAAGACAUGCACCUGGGGAUAGGUUGAUUGGCAACACUAAAAAUUGGCCCUAGCGCGGUGGUUCUUAACCUGGGUUCGAUCGAACCCUAGGGGUUCGGUGAGUCGGCCUCAGGGUUCGGCGGAGGUCAAAACACACCCGACUCAUCGUGUAAAUACAAACUUCUCCCUAUCGGCGUAUUACGGAUACGGCAACAGCUGACUGGUUUGCAGGUGUGUAAUUUGUUGUGAGUUUAUGCACUGUGUUGGUUUUGUUGUUUGAACAAGGUGAUAUUCAUGCACGGUUCAUUUUGUGCACCAGUAAAAAAACAUGGUAACACUUUAGUAUGGGGAACAUAUUCACCAUUAAUUAGUUGCUUAUUAACAUGCAAAUUAGUAACAUAUUGGCUCUUAACUACCGUAUUUUUUGGCGUAUAAGUCGCACCGGCCGAAAAUGCAUAAUAAAGAAGGGAAAAAACAUAUAUAAGUCGCACUGGAGUAUAAGUCGCAUUUUUUGGCGAAAUUUAUUUGAUAAAACCCAACACCAAGAAUAGACAUUUGAAAGGCAAUUUAAAAUAAAGAAUAGUGAACAACAGGCUGAAUAACUGUACGUUAUAUGACUCAUAAAUAAUAAUAAUAAUAAUAAUAAUAGAUUUUAUUUGUAAAAAGCACUUUAUAUUGAGUAAACAAUCUCGAAGUGCUACAGUGUAUUAUAAAUGAUAAAUAAAUGAUAAAUGGGUUAUACUUGUAUAGCGCUUUUCUACCUUGAAGGUACUCAAAGCGCUUUGACAGUAUUUCCACAUUCACCCAUUCACACACACAUUCACACACUGAUGGCGGGAGCUGCCAUGCAAGGCGCUAACCAGCAGCCAUCAGGAGCAAGGGUGAAGUGUCUUGCCCAAGGACACAACGGACGUGACUAGGAUGGUAGAAGGUGGGGAUUGAACCCCAGUAACCGGCAACCCUCCGAUUGCUGGCCCGGCCACUCUACCAACUUCGCCACGCCGUCCCCUAAAAUUUUUUAAAAACAAAUAAAUAAAAAGAUAAUAAAUAAAUAAAAAAAACUUGAAUAGCCAAAUAGCUAUAACUAGUAUGCAUAAAUCUAAAAAAAAAAAAAAAGGCUUUUUUUUAAAAAAAGAAGGGCUUUUAAGCCUUUUUUAAAAGCAUUCACAGUCUGUGGUGCCCUCAGGUGGUCAGGGAGAGCGUUCCACAGACUGGGAGCGGAAAUAACCAACUGAGAACGUGCCUGGUAUGUUAACGUAACAUAUUAUGGUAAGAGUCAUUCAAAUAACUAUAACAUACAGAACAUGCUAUACGUUUACCAAACAAUCUGUCACUCCUAAUCGCUAACUCCCAUGAAAUCUUAUACGUCUAGUCUCUUACGUGAAUGAGCUAAAUAUUAUUUGAUAUUUUACGGUAAUGUGUUAAUAAUUUCACACAUAAGUCGCUCCCGAGUAUAAGUCGCACCCCCGGCCAAACUAUGAAAAAAACUGCGACAUAUAGUCCGAAAAAUACGGUAGUCAUUAUUAAGUACUUAUUAAUGCCUUAUUCGGCAUGGCCUUAUUAUAACCCUGACCCUAACCCUAACCAAAUAAAUUAAGUCUUUAUUACUUAGAAUAUGUUCCCCUAGUGACCAAAUAACUCUAAAUUAAGUCUUAGUUACUUAGAAUAUGUUCCCCAUACUAAAGUGUUACCAAAAACAUAUAACUUUGUCUUGAAUUUGGAAAAAAACAUUUUAUUUUUCACUAAAGUAGGGUUCGGUGAAUGCGCAUAUGAAACUGGUGGGGUUCGCUACCUCCAACAAGGUUAAGAACCACUGAUGUAGUAUGUGAGUGUGAAUGUUGUCUGUCUAUCUGUGUCGGCCCCGUGAUGAGGUGGCGACUUGUCCAGGGUGUACCCCGCCUUCCGCCCGACGGCAGCUGAGAUAGGCUCCAGCGACCCCAAUAGGGACAAGCGGUAGCAAAUGGAUGGAGUUUCUAUCCUGUUGCUGUAGUGGCUUCCAAAAGCUACUGACAGCGGAGGGCGCUCUACUGCCUUUUGUAAAGCCACUGCUAUUAAGUUUAAAGUAGAAAACUGAAUGUGAAGGAAAAAAAUAGAAAAUGUCGGACAUGUGAAAUAAGAAGACUGAAACUGAAAAAUGAUAUCAAAAUAAUAUUGUAUUUAUUUAAAUGUCUGUAUGGGGGUUUUUCUUCUCCGAGAUGCCAAAACUGAAUGUCGAUGUUGUGGUUCCACACCCAGACAGGUUAUGUACAGUACACUAUCUAUGUGUGAAAGUCAUUUUUUUCUACCUGCAUGGGAGUCCUAUGUCGAGGCUCGUUACAGCUGUUUUUCAUUUUGUUCCUGUGCAAGUUUCUGAUGUCAAUCAACCUCUCUUUUUGUUGGUGGUCUCAGGACAGCACUGGUGAGUGCGAGUAUUUGAACAAGCAAACAUGGUGACUUCUUCAACAAUACACCUUCUUGUUUUAUGUUGAAAGUGCAUUUAAGUCACAUCAACAUCAGGCAAGGCUUUUCGCUCGGACUUUGUAUGCAAACAAAGUCACGGUGACAAUGAUGGUUUACAAUGACACUUGUACUUUUGCAUCAUUUCUUUUAGUAGCCUCCUAUCUUUUUUUAUAGUCUUGUCUACUGUGACACCAUUUGUCUUUUCUACUGCAGGACAAUAUUCUGCACACGUGUUGAUAGUGAUUUUCAUUUCUUUAAAAGUCAACGUUUUCGUACACUGAAUCCUUUUCUUCCGAAGUUCCCAAAAUGUCUUCAUGCAACAAGAUGCCUUAAAUUGUUCUGGAUGGCAAUAAAAGCAACAAAAACAAACCUAAAGUUUGACUUUUUAGUGCAGACCUGGGCAAAUUAACGCCCGGGGGCCACAUUGAGCUUUUCAAUCUGGCCCGGCGGACAUUCCCAAAUAAUUGUUUUAGAUGUUUAAGAUGUAAGGUGUAGCUGCCAUUACGAUGUGCAGUGAUGUUUUCUAAUGACCGUAAGUCUUCAACUAUACUAAGUCUUCCAAUGCUUGG